AAAGAAGAAAAGGGAUUAAGUUAGCAGGACAUCGCUGGGCUAAAAGUCACCGAUAAAUCUCUCUUUUGUCGCUAUUUACCGUUUUUAUCCCACCAGGACUCGUCUGUCGUCUAAUAGACAGACCCUUAAAAAAACAACAGAAUUGAGAUUUACCUAAGUGGACUUUGUAUUUGUUAGCUUAGCAACACGUCGCUAAAGCUCUUAACGUGAUCGUGUACAACAAAACAAUGUGUAAAGUAAAAAUGCUGAGGAGGUUGGUGAAGCAGCGCCUGAACGUGGCCGUCGAGGAGGUCAUUGAGCUGUUUGAGAGGACGAUCGCGGAGUACGAGAAGCAACUUUGUGGAAGCAAAGCCGAGAACGAACCGCGACGACCGGACGACGGAUCCAAUCUUCGCGUUCCGUUUCCCGAAGCUGAUAUACGUCAAUCCCCGGCGGAGGGUCAGGCGGAAAAGGUUUCCUCCGAGAAGCAGGAGCAGGUGAAGCCCCCCCACAUUAAAGAGGAAGAGGAGGACGCGUGGAGCCGUCAGGACGGGCAGCAGCUUCACGGGCCGGGGGAGCCCGACGUGACCAAGUUCACGUGGACCGGCGUCUACGUCAAGAGCGAAGACGACCAAAGUCAGUCCCCGCAGGUCCAUCACAGUCAGAGCGACGGCAUGUCGAGGCGCCGUGAUGGAGCGCCGGCCGGCAACGCGGCGCCACUCUUCGAUGUGGACGACGCGAUGUCACGCUCGUCUGACACGGAUCGCAGCGACGAUACCAAAGAAGCUCCCAGGACGAAGAAGAAGUCCAAAGCGGCCCGCCUCGCUGACAGCAAGCACUUCGACUGCCCAGAAUGUGGGAAAACGUUCACCAACAAGAGCGUUUUGAAAAACCACAUGGUCACGCACACCGGAGAGAAACCGUUUGUGUGCACCGUUUGCGAUAAACGAUUCUCCUUAAAGCACCACAUGAAGAGACACAUGCGAGUGCACGCAGGGGAGAAAGCCUUCGUCCCUUGCUCGGUCUGCAACGAAAGAUUCCGGGACGAGGCCGCCGCGAAAGAGCACAUGAGGACUCACGCUGGGGGGAAACCGUUGUCACCCGGCGGCUCGAGUCAACACGUAGCGGAAGCGGAUGCAGAGCAAGCGGACAACGCGCCGCUGUCCGACCUGGACUACGUCAUGUCUCAAUCUUCCGACACCGAAAACAGCGACGACGCCAAAGAUCUCCUAAAAUCGAGAAAGAAGUCCAACGUGGGUGCGACGUAUCACUCGGAAACAAAACUGUACAUUUGCACCGGGUGCGGCAAAACGUUUACCAACAAAAGCGUUCUGCGAAAUCACAUGGUAACGCACACCGGGGAGAAACCGUUUGCUUGCUUAGUGUGCGAUAAAAGAUUCUCCUUUAAGCAGAACAUGAGGAGACACAUGGCGAUACACACGGGGGAGAAACCCCACUCCUGUCCGUUUUGCGACAAAAGGUUCUACGACAAGUUUGAAAUGAAGAGGCACAUGCUGACGCACACGGCCGAGAAGCCGUUCGCUUGUUCGGUCUGCGCUAAAAGUUUCUCUCGCAGGUCGCAUUUUCGCAUGCACAUGAAAAAGCACACGGCGGAGAAACCGUCGACCUCCGGCAGCUCCGGUCGACAGGUGGAAACGGAACUUGACGGGGAGCAAUGCGAGGGUCUCCCGGAAGCAGACAACUUGGCUCCGGUGUCGGAUAUGGAAGACGCCGUGUCGCAGUCUUCGGACAACGACCACAGCGAAGAGCCCAAAGAACCUCCCGACGCUAAAAAGAACCCCGAGGGCGAUGCGACGCAUUCGACCGAAAGCAAACAACUGAACUGUUCCGUAUGUGAGAAAACAUUUGCGAACAAAGGAAGUUUGAAAACUCACAUGCUGACCCACACCGGAGAGAAACCGUUCGCCUGCCCGGUUUGCGACAAACGGUUCUCCAUCAAGCAGAAUAUGAAGCGGCACAUGGCCAUCCACACGGGGGAGAAACCUUACUCCUGCCCCGUGUGCGAGAAAAGAUUCUACGUGGAGUUUGAGAUGAAACGCCACAAGAGAAUCCACACGUCGGAGAAACCGUUUACGUGUUCGCUCUGCGCGAAAAGUUUCUCCUGCAGCAAUUACCUCACGCUGCACAUGAGCACGCACACGUCGGAGAAACCGUUCGCAUGUCCGGUGUGCGGGAAAAACUUCUCGCACAGGUCGUAUCUCAGGCAGCACAUGAAAGUACACGCCGCGGAGAAACCGUUCACGUGUUCCGUUUGCUCGAAAGGAUUCUCCAGUCGGGCGUAUCUCAGAAUCCACACGAGCUCUCACACCGGGGAGAAACUUUUUGCAUGCUCGGUCUGCGAGAAAGGUUUUUCCCGCAAGUCGCAGUUCAGGAAGCACAUGAGGAUUCACACGGGGGAGAAGUUCGCCUGCUCGGUGUGUACCAGCGGUUUCACUAGCAUCGAACUCCUCAUAGCGCACAUGAGAACGCACGUGGAGGAGAACCCGUUGGCGUCCAGCAGCUCCAGUCAGCCGAUGACGACGGAAGCUGACGGGGAGCACGGAGACAAUUUCGCGCCGUUGUCGGAUGCGGACGACGCGACGUCAAGCGCGUCUGACAGCGACGACGACGAACAUUUGGAGACGAACGAGAAAUAGCGGGGAAAGUAGACGUGCGACAGUAAUCCGGCGACUCGUCGAUUUGAUGGUGGAUUCAUCGUCGGGAGACCAAAUCCUCUCAAUUUCAGCCACAACAGUAAACGUUACACCAUUUAAUUUUGUGCAUUUCAGAAAUAAUGUCAUAUUUUUAAAAUGAAGAAAAAUUACAAUGGGUUUAAAUUUGAUUAAAAAAAAAAAAAUCAACAAAUUAGUUAAUUUAAAAAAUUGUUGCAUGCCCAGUACAAACUGGUCCUGGGGAUCUAUUGACAACCUCCAUCCAUCCAUUUUCAACCGCUUUUCAGGGAUGUAUCCGGGAGGGAUCCGAAUCAGCUGCCCCAGCCACCUCAUCUGGCUCCUCUCAAUGCGGAGGAGCAGCGGCUCCAGACUGAGCCCCUCCCUGAUGACCGAGGUUCUCACCCUAUCUCUAAGGGAGAGCCCGGACACCCUGCGGAGGAAACUCAUUUCGGCCGCUUGUAUCUGGCAUCCGGGAUCUUGUCCUUUCGAUCACGACCCGCAGCUCGUGCCCAUAAGUGAGGGCAGGAACGUCGAUGAAUUGGUAAAUUCACAGCGUAUCUUGGGGUCUUGUUCACGAGGUAGGGAAGAAUGGAGCGGGUUCAAUUACGGACCCGCCUGUGUGGAGUUUGCAUGUUCUCCCCGUGCCCGUGUGGGUUUCCUCCGGGAUCUCCGGUUUCCUCCCACAUCCUAAAUACAUGUAUACAUUGGAGACUCUAAAUUGCCCCAACGUGUGAUUGUGAGUGCAGCUGUUGUCUGUCUCGAUGUGCCCUGCGAUUGGCUGGCAACCAGUUCAGGGUGUGGCCUGCCUCCUGCUCGUUGACAGCUGGGAUAGGCUCCAGCACUCCCUGCAACCCUGGUGAGGAUAAGCGUCAAAGAUAAUGGAUGGAUGGAUAUAUAUAUAUAUAUAUUCCCUGGAUGUCAACAAUUUACAGACUACAGUCUUGCCGGCAAAAUCCAAUGAGUUUUUUUUCUUUUGAGAGAAAUGUCUAAUUUCCUGGAA